CCCGCGAGGCCUCACUAACAUGGCGUUCGGCGGCGCGGCGGGCGCGCUCGCGCAGACCGCGUCGUACCCGCUGGACAUCGUGCGGCGCCGCAUGCAAACCGCGCGGCGUCGCGUCGACCGCACCUACCCCUACCCCACCAUCGCGGCCACGCUGCGCACCGUGUACAGAUCGGAGGGUUGGCGGGGUUUCUUCAAAGGGCUCAGCAUGAAUUGGGUAAAGGGCCCCAUCGCGGUGGGCAUCUCCUUCGCGUCCUACGAUGCGAUCAAGUCCGCGCUUAGAGACAUAUCGCUCACGUUGACCACGUGAGACGUGUAAUAUUGGUAAUAAC